AUGUCAGAAAUGGAGAAGGGUGUCGCCAAAAAUCUGAUACAGAUUUACAGUGCAGUUGAGGAAAUUCAGCGACUAGGCAAACGAAAACUCGGUGAAACUGAUUUCGAGAAUUCUCCCGUAAUAUUUGGUAUUGUAACUACUGGAAUCCUUUGGCGCUUCAUCCGCGUGACUGGUCCAUUGGGAUCUCAAAAAGUUGAAAUUACUGCGGAAUACAAUUCUGGGCUUGGUAGUGCAACAUUCGGCAAUACGCAAGGUGCAAAAGAUGUGCUUCUCAUAUUGUCCGGGUACUACAAGCGCAAGCUCAGACAUUGA